AUGGAAGAGCCCGAAGGUGAAGCUGCUCAGCGAUUCAUGUUUGUCAAAUGUGUGACAUUCGCGCGUGUGUGCAAAACGGGCGCCGGUGAAGGAAUUGUCGCAUAUGUCACACCGACACCAGACGGCGGCGAAUGUCAAAUGGAUCAGACCGACGAUUUCUCGCUAACCGCGCGUCUUCUUGAAGACGUCGAAUGGAAUACGCUGGCGUUGGAAAUUUUUGAUGAGCCAAACGAGGCGGCGACGAACAUCAUCCGACGAGUCAAAAGCAAAUCGCUUAAAGUGUGUUGCACGAAUUGCACAAAAUUGCGCGAGAUGCUCCAAAUCGUUCCCAAAUCCUAUACGACCAUCAAUGUCGCGUUGGAGGAGUUCAAUUGGAGAAGUUUGCGGCGAAUCGUCAAAUUUCCCGAGGUGCGCCGCGUCGAUUUGCUCAACGUCUCCGACCAUCGGUUCGUCUUCAAUUAUCGCAUCAGCUAUAAGGACCGACUCAUGCAGUUCUGCUCGAAUCGUCUUACCGAGGCGGACCUCGCGCGUAUCACCAAGAGUUUUGUGCGAAAAAAGACGAACACGAGCUUCUCGUUUUCAUUGGGCUGCUCGCGAAAUUUAAGCGCGCCGACGAUUCUCAAAGAUUUGAGUUUUCGACAUCUCAAAGGCAAUCCACCGUGCUCGCACGACAUCAUAAGAAAACACUUCAAGACGAUGAACAACGCGAUGAACACGCGCUAUGUGAUGUUCAUCGAUGAGCCGGCGCGUCGCCAGUGGAGCAGCUAUUCGCUGUACGUGAUGGCGCUCAAUUAUCGCGCGACGCACAUCGAAUCGAAAUUGUUCGGCAUUUUGUCGGAUGUCGCAUUCGGCGUCUGGCACAAAUUGCCGGUCGAAUUGAAGAAAUGUGUCAUCGAGCGAAUGGAUUAUCGCACUAGAAAAAAUUUAGCGCAAUGCUCGCGAUUGAUGUACGAAUUGGAAAACGAAUCAAGAGUUUACAUUGUUGAAUUGAGCAUUUCCGACUCGUUUUCGCCCGAAUGGAAUGAGAGAUUCCUCACCAUCACCGUCAGCUUCACCGCGUGCUCGACAGAUUUGCAUUCUGAAUAUUUAGACGUUAUUGACUAUGGAAGAAACAAAUACCAGAUUGUUCGACGAUUUUUGAUGGGCGAACGCGAUCGAAUCGAGGUGCGAACGAUAUUGGAGAAGAUUCUGAAGCGGGCGAAUUGGAAUGUGAACAAUUUGAACAUAACGGUUUUUCCCGAAUUCCUAAAGCCGAUCAUUGAGAAGAUCGACUUCACCAUGCUGAUCGCGACGAUGACGGAUGCCGAUGAUCUGAAGGACGCUCUCGAAGCAAUUCCGCACAAUUUGAAGAAGGUUGUGACGAAGGAACGAAUCAAAGACAGCAACAUGGAAUUGGGCAUCGAGAUUCUCUCGACGCCACAGAUCAAAACCGCACAAUCAUUGAAACUCGUCAAUUUCUGUCAUGUGAAUUUGAAAUUGGUUUGGAGUUGGGCGGCGAAAACCAUUCAUAUUUUCACCGACGAUCUUCGCGAGCCGCAAAUUGAGCAAUUCAUGAUGAAGGUGCUCGACACGGGAAUAUUGCGAACGAUUUCGGUGCGAACGACACACCAGCUGAAUCUCGCCGAAAUUUUGCGCCACUUCGACAUCGUCGCCCACCGGCCGAUCGCCAAUUACGAAAUUCCGUAUGAUCUACAGGAGACGUUGAAAUCGUUGCUGGAGAUUGGCGCCAAACGCGACGAUGACGAACGAAUCGUAUUCGAGAUCGCGUUUUGCGAUCUCGUCAAUCGCAAUUUCCAACCGCAUUAUUAUCGAGUGGCGCUGAAAAUCGCUGAAAACGGAUGA